UUUUUUUUUUUUUAACUUUUGAAGCACAUGAUGAAGCAUUGAAAAACUUGCAGAUUUGUCACUGUAGUGAUUGCAUGUGAAACUGAGGCGAGACUCAGCCGAAACCUUCCUGACACGCACACUGACCGCAGACUCAUACUGUGACUGUGAACAUGGCCUCUUCAGAGCUUGCACUUUUGAGUGUGUCAGACAAAACUGACCUGCUGGGGUUUGCCAAGAGGCUGGUGGAUGUGGGGCUGUCUCUGGUCGCCUCAGGUGGUACAGCCAAAGCUCUGCGUGAUGCUGGACUCUCUGUCAGGGAUGUGUCAGAGCUGACUGGACACCCAGAGAUGCUGGGAGGCCGGGUGAAGACCCUGCAUCCUGCUGUCCAUGGAGGCAUCCUGGCCAGGAAAACCCCAUCUGACACUGCAGACAUGGAGAAGUUGGGCUACAGUCUGGUUAGGGUGGUGGUGUGCAACCUCUACCCAUUUGUGAAGACUGUCUCUAACCCGAAUGUUAAAGUGGAAGAUGCUGUGGAGCAGAUUGAUAUCGGUGGUGUGACUCUGCUGAGAGCAGCAGCCAAGAAUCACGCUCGGGUAACCAUUGUGUGUGACCCUGCUGAUUACCCACUGGUGGCCAAGGAGAUGGAGAGUUCAGGAGACAAAGAUACGACCAUGGAAACACGCAAGACUCUGGCGCUCAAAGCUUUCACACACACAGCACAGUAUGAUGACGCCAUAUCAGACUACUUUCGUGGACAGUACAGCAGAGGUGUUUCCCAGCUGCCCCUGCGUUAUGGCAUGAACCCCCACCAAGCACCUGCUCAACUCUACACCAUGCGUCCAGCCCUCCCACUCAAAGUGGUCAACGGCUCCCCCGGUUUUAUUAACCUGUGUGACGCUCUGAAUGCCUGGCAGCUGGUCAGGGAGCUUAAGGGCGCUCUCGGUAUGGCUGCUGCCACCUCCUUCAAACAUGUCAGCCCUGCCGGAGCUGCAGUAGGAGUUCCUCUCACUGAGGAGGAAGCUAAGGUGUGCAUGGUGCACGACAUGCUGAAGGAUCUCACCCCGCUGGCCACAGCCUACGCCAGGGCAAGAGGUUCUGACAGGAUGUCUUCUUUUGGAGACUUCAUUGCCGUGUCAGAUGUUUGUGACGUUCCCACUGCCAAGAUUAUCUCAAGAGAGGUGUCUGAUGGUAUCAUCGCUCCUGGUUAUGAAGAAGAGGCACUCAAGAUCCUCUCCAAAAAGAAAAAUGGCAACUAUUGCGUCCUUCAAAUGGAUCCUGAGUAUGAGCCUGAUGAGGCUGAGGUGAGGGUGUUGUUCGGUCUCUAUCUCAAACAAAAGAGGAACGGAGGGCUCAUCAAUAAGGAGUUCUUUAGCAACAUUGUGUCCAAGGGCUCGCUCUCUGAGGAAGCUGUGCGUGACCUCACUGUGGCCACCAUCGCUGUCAAGUACACUCAGUCCAACUCUGUCUGCUAUGCUAAAGACGGACAGGUUAUUGGGAUCGGUGCGGGUCAGCAGUCUCGUAUCCACUGCACACGGUUGGCAGGUGACAAAGCUGAUAACUGGUGGCUGAGACACAACCCUCGUGUCCUGACCAUGAAGUUCCGCAGCGGUGUGAAGCGAGCGGAGAUGGCAAACGCCAUCGACCAGUAUGUCAGCGAUACUAUUGGAGAGGGUCCAGACCUGGAAGUGUGGAAGUCCAUGUAUGAAGAGGUACCUGAGCUUCUGUCACAGACUGAAAAGAAGAACUGGAUCAGCUCCCUGCAGGCAGUGGCUGUCAGCUCUGACGCAUUCUUCCCCUUCAGAGAUAACAUAGAUCGUGCCAAACGGAGCGGUGUUGAGUACAUCGCAGCUCCUGCAGGCUCUGCUGCUGACGAGAUUGUGAUUAAUGCCUGUAAUGAGCAGGGCAUCACUCUGGUGCACACCAACCUGCGGCUCUUCCACCACUGAGCACCUCAACACUAUUGCAGUUGUUCUGUAAACUCAACUCACAAUUUUGCAUUAUUACUGAGUCAAAAACCUUUUUCUAACAUUUACUGAUACUUCAAACAUUCCCUACCCUCAUGUCACGCUUGUGCAGUGACCAUAGAUGCUCUGUUUUGCAACACUCUAAUACGUUCCUGACUCCCCUAACACAGAGAUAGCUGUUAAUGCUUAUCAUAGGUCAGCCAUGUUUCAGUAUGAAAUAAACUUACUGUGACAGUU